GUAUUUUAGUACACCGUGAAGCAGAGGAACAAAUCAUAACUACACUGAAAACACAGAAGAAUCCCCAAAAAGUCACAGGUGGCUUUAGGGUUUUCGUCUCUCAGUCGUGACCGCAAGAGAAGACGAGAGAUCCUCCACUUGUUUCAAAACAAGACCAAAUCUUUAUUCGAUUCGUAUUCUCAAGUCGGGAAUCAAAUUCUCUUCUUUCCUUUCUUUUUUCCGUUUCUGAUUUGCUUUCUUCGGGAAUUUGGGUUUUUUCGAGACGAUGGGAAGAGGCAAGUUCAAGGGGAAACCUACCGGCCAACGCCGAUUCUCUAGUGCCGCUGAAAUACUUGCUGGGACUUCUGCUGCACGUCCUCGGUCAUUCAAACAGAAAGAAGCUGAAUACGAGGAAGAUGUUGAAGAGGAGUCUGAAGAGGAAUCUGAAGAAGAGUCCGAAGAUGAAUCUGAUGUGAAGAAGAAAGGACAUGAAGCUCUAAUCGAAGUUGAUAACCCUAACAGAGCAAAACCAAAGACCUUAAAAGCAAGAGACCUUGAUGCUAGCAAAACCACUGAGCUCUCAAGGCGUGAAAGGGAGGAGCUAGAGAAGCAGCGAGCUCAUGAGCGAUACAUGAGGUUGCAGGAGCAAGGCAAAACCGAACAAGCAAGAAAGGAUUUGGAUCGUCUGGCUCUGAUUCGCCAACAGAGAGAAGAAGCUGCUAAGAAGCGAGAAGAGGAAAAAGCUGCGAGAGACGCGAAGAAAGUCGAUGCUCGCAAAUGAGAAGUGUUCACGCUCAAAAAGACCUACCUUUCUAUAGUAGUACUAAAAAGGAAAAUAGACUCCUCAACGAGUUUUAUGCGAUUAAUUAAAAUGCGUUGUUUUUACUUUGUUCUAUUUCGAUUGAUAAACAGAUAAAAAAUCUUUUGCUAUUUUACUCAUGUUCGUGUGGAUCUUUCGAUCUUAAUACAUUCGAAGUUAUCAUAUCUUUGUCUUACCUUGUUCUUAAAGUAUUCUCUUUGCUCUUAGUAAAAGUUGUGGAUGCACAUGUCAUACGUUUAUAUAUGUGUUAUGUUAGUCAGGAG